AUGGAUAGUCCUUCGCAAGGGCAGUCUAAACGGCCUCGUGUCUCCGACGAGAACCGCAAGCGCGCCGUCAGAGCAUGCGACGGGUGUCGCCGUGUUAAAGAAAAAUGCGAAGGAGGCGUCCCUUGUCGUCGCUGCACGCGCUAUCGUCGCCAGUGUCUUUUCACUCAACAAGAGCAGCCGCCGCGGUCUUCCGAGGACGAUCGAGUCCACUACAUGGAACGAAUUUUGCAUCACUAUGUCCCUCAUUUAUCGCUGGAUCUGCCGUCGCUGCGCACCGCGGCGGAGAAGCUGAACCAGCAGCAUCAUCGCGGGUCCUCGGUCGAUGUCGAGGAUCUGGAGGAUUUGACUAUCGACGAUGAGGAUUUUGUUAUCAAGCCUAUGUCUGACAAUACGACUCAGUAUUCUGGAGAAUUCUCGUAUCUUAAUUUUUCCAUGAAAAUUCGGCAGAAAAUCGAUGAAUGGAUUAAGGCUGCUGUGCCGGAGGCUUCUACCGAAACUGAAACAUUUGAAGACCACUGGCGUGCGACUCAGUUGCAGUCCGGCUCGUCCCUGGUGGCUUCCAUCACCUGUCUCCCGCCACGCUACGUGGCCGAUUUCCUGGUCCAAAUCUUCUUCAAAUAUGCACAAACCAACAACUUCUACGUCGAAGAAGACUGGCUCCUCGACAAACUCAACAUCUGCUAUACAGACCCCUCAUCACUAGCCCCCGACGAUGCUGGCUCCGUCUGCGCCAUCCUCAUGGUCCUCGCCGUCGGCACUCAAUUUGCACACAUGGAAUCGCCGACACCAGUCAACCAACUUUCAGAAGACCACCGGUUUUCUGAAGAUGAGGUCGGGUUGACGUUUUAUCAGUUUGCAAGCAAGUUGCUGCCGGACAUCAUUGCGACUACGUCUGUGCGGAGUGUGCAGGCUUGUUUGCUUAUUGGGACUUAUUUGCUUCCGUUGGAUACUUCGGGGCUUUGUUAUACGUAUUUUGGACUCGCGUUGAAAAUGGCGAUUCAGAAUGGUAUGCAUCGACGGUAUCAAGGGGAGGGGCUUUCGAGGAGGAUGGUUGAGGUGCGGAAUCGGGUUUUUUGGACAGCGUAUACUAUUGAGAAGCGCGUGAGCAUCCUCCAUGGACGACCAGUCUCGCUAUCCGAUUCAGAUGUCGACGCCGCUCUGCCAACAGACUUUCCCGGUCUCAUGCCGUCCGGCCAAGUCUCGAACCAUACCAACAUGGUGACCUUGAUCAACUUGACGUUGAAACUAGGCCAGGUUGCCCAUGAAAUAUCAUCACUCCGCAAAUUCCCAAAAGGCCAGCAGCAGGACUGCCUAGAACGCCUUCUAAACCUCCGCAAAAACCUCGUCGAGUGGUGGGCCACUCUCCCCGAAGUCACCCACUGCAGAGAUCUCAACCCAGCAAACCCUCUCUUCCGCUCAAAUGUGCAUCUCAAGCUGGACUACUGUCUCACGCGUAUCUGGAUUGGUCGUCCAUUCUUGUUCAGCAAUAUCCGCGGCAUCAACCCGGCUCCGUCCCAGGGUUCCAAUCCACCGUUCAAAAUGACAUCAGGCACCUCCAAGAACAGGAACAUCCUCGUCACCGACUGCGUUGAGGCUGCUCUUGAAAUUGUCGACUUAUGCCGCCUCCUCCGCGACGAAGCCGGUCUCGCCCGCGCUUCAUUCACAGAAUUCAGCUCCUGCCGCGCAGCACUACUAGUCAUCCUCGCGCAAAGUCUAACAAAACGCACCGAACGUCUCCGCGAAGCACUGGACAAAGGCAUGGGCCUGAUCAAAAUCAUGUCCAUGGGCGUAGGCUCCGCGCGUUCAGCAGUCAGCGUCAUCGAAGCCCUGGAACGCGCGAUCCGGCGAUUAGAAGAAUGGAGCUCUACCCAGGGCGGCACUAACAACCUCGGCAUAGUCGAGUCGGCCUACGACCGGUUCAAGAACUGGGAGAUGCUUUGGAAAUCAGGACCCCUUUCACCUAGCUCUGUGUUUGCGUCUGCAGCGAGUAACAACGGCACUACACCACUCCCUGUUACACCUAUGAUCCCGAAUAUCUCCCCUCCGCCUCACCCGGACACCGUCUCGGAUGCUAACCACAGUCCUGAUGAUUUCCCUGCCCACCACCACCAUCACCCUCCAUCAUCUGAUUUCUCGCCAACUGGGAUCCCAACACUCCCGCAUUUCGGGUUCGAUCAUUUUGUCUCGAAUUUCCCGCAGGAGUUGGAUGAGUUUACGGCGAUUCCGUGUUUUGAGACGGAUCCGGCUGCGAGUGCGCAGCAGCCGGGACAGAGUCAGGGCCAGGGGCAGCGAUUGGGACAGGGUCAUGGCCCAGGGCAGGGGCAGAGUCAGAGUCCGCAGGGGCUGGAGUUGGAUAAUCGGUGGCUGCAGUUUAUUAAUAGUGAUUAG